AAUAACUUGUGGCAACUUGUGGCACGCUGGUGUCGCGGCGAUACAGUGGGCGCAGCUCAGGGGAGGCGCCAAUGCUGCAGCCGCCGCGGUGCUGAGCGGUGCUCCAGCGUGUGUGUUACCUAGGCCCUGUGUGCGUCCCGACGCUCAAGGAGGAACAGGAACGAUGACGGCACUGGGUGAGGGCUGCGGUGCUCUUGGCCUUGGCAAUAUCCAACACCCACGGCCAGGCCACCCAAGACCUGCCUCCUGCACAGCACAGCCACCGCGUCGUGCUGGACCAGGACAAUGCUUACGUCAUGCUGUGGACGCCGCGGCAGGACGCCAUUGAGAUAGAGGUCCAGGUGAAAGCAAAGGGCUACGUGGGCCUGGGCUUCUCCUUAACCGGUGGCAUGAAGGGAGCAGACAUCGUGCUGGGGUGGGUGGAUGAUGCUGGCAGGGUCUUCCUUCACGAUCGCUAUGCUGCCGGUAACUGGGCCCCGGCAGUGGACGAGUCCCAGGACGUGACGCUGCUGGGUGGUUACCAGAACGACACCCACACUGUGCUCAGGUUCUCCCGGCCCUGGAUCACUCUGGACACUGACAGUGACUACAUGCUGGGGGAUGACACAGUGCGGGUCAUCUGGGCAUACAGCAACAGUGACCCCACCAGUGAGACAGAAUUGAACUACCAUGAUAAGCGAGGGACCAAGAGCCUCUACUUGCAGUCCCCCCAGUUUGAGCUGCCGCCGCUGGGUCCGGAUGUCAAGAGCGUGGAAUUUCUCUCCCGCAACAUCACUAUACCAAGCGACAUGGACACGCUUUACUGGUGCCAGCUGUUCAAGAUCCCCAACGUCACCACCAAACACCACGUCAUAGGGUACGUGCCGGUGCUUCAGCAAGAGAGCCUGGAGCACGUGCAUCACAUAGUCAUGUACGUGUGUGACUUGAAGGACGGCCACGACCAGUACGAAAGGUGGCUGGAGUGGGAGGGGACACAAUGCCACACUGGCAACAUGCCGCCCUCAUGGAAGUUCUGCUCCCCUAUAUUUGCCUGGGCUGUGGGUGGUGAAGGGGAGAUGUUCCCGGAGCACGUGGGCUUCCCCAUCGGCGAGCAGGGCAAGGCGACCUACUUCAUGAUGGAGAUGCACUAUGACAACCCUAACUUCCGGGAAGGCGUGGUGGACAGCUCCGGGGUGCGCUUCUUCUACACGGACAAGCUGCGGGAACACGACGCCGGGACGAUUGUGUUUGGGCACAAUGUGUCGCCCUUGCAUAUCAUCCCGCCCGUCCAGAGGUGGCAGAGCUCAGGCUACUGCGACCCCCAGUGCACCAGUCAGAACUUGCCAGCAGAGGGCGUGAAGAUCUUCCAGGGGCUGCUGCACUCACACCUGCUGGGCGACAACCUCAUCCUCAGGCACGGACGCAAUGGCCAGGAGCUCCCGCCCAUCAUGAAAGACAUGCAUUAUGACUUCGACUAUCAGAACACCAGGAUCUUGAAGGAGGAGGUGACCAUUCUUCCAGGCGACAGUCUUGUUAUGGACUGCGGCUAUAACGCUUCCCAACGCACCUCUGCCACCUAUGGAGGGUUCGGCACCAAUGAAGAGAUGUGCCUCACCUUCUUGAGUUACUACCCGCGCACUGAUCUCUUCCUGUGCACAUCACACCCAGAGCUGGACACUAUUCUUGGUGGCCUUGGCCUUGGCCUUGAGAUCAGUGCUGAUAACAGGGACGAGGUGAACAAAAUGCUGAACUACAAGAUUGAGAUGAACUGGGAGGCAGAGAACAAGCUCUUUGAGAAGGUAAAGAGUGGUAAUCUGUCCAGUGAACCCUCACCGCUCAUCAUGUCCCACAUCCUGAAGGCCAUCAACAUCACUGCCCCUCAGAAGUACUUCAACCGGUCCCUAUACAGUGUGCUGCAGGACAGAGCCAUCUGGAUGGAUGAGGGAGUGACCUCCUCCCUGCAGAAGGCUGUGCUGGAGGGGAAACACACCUCAGCAUGCCACCUUCAUGGCCAAGACCUUCUUUUAGGAAAAGGUGGAACCAUCACAGCGCCAGACCUCCAGCCACUGCAGGAGUCUCUACCUGAGGUGACCUUCAUGCACAGUGUAGUGCUGGACCAGCAGGGCAGCUACGUCUUACUGUGGACGCCCAGGAAGGAAGAUGUUGUGUUUGAGGUUCAGGUGGGCACAACAGGCUAUGUGGGACUGGGCUUCUCUCCUACUGGAGGCAUGAAGGGAGCAGACAUCAUACUGGGAUGGGUGGACACCAGUGGGGAGGUGUUCCUGCACGACAGACAUGCUGAGGGCAACUCAGCCCCAAUGCUGGACCAGUCUCAGGACGUGAAGCUGCUGGGGGGCUACCAGAAUGACACCCACACAGUGCUCAGAUUCUCGCGGCCCUGGGACACUUGUGACGGGGAGCAGGACUAUGUUCUCUCUGAUGACACAGUACGGGUCAUCUGGUCAUACAGCAACCGUGACCCCACCAGUGAGACGAACCUGCACUACCAUGACAGGAGGGGGACCAAGAGCCUCUUCCUGCAGUCCCCCCAGUUUGAGAUGCCAGAGAUGGGUCCUGACGUGAAGACCUGGGAAUUCCUCUCACCCAAUGUGAGCUUACCAAACGAUUUUGACACACUGUACUGGUGCAAGAUAUACAAGAUGCCACCCACCACUACCAAGCACCACAUAAUUGGGUUUGUCCCAGUAGUGGAGGAGAAGAAUGCAGAACAUGUGCACCACAUUCUGUUCUACGAGUGCCAUGCACCAGACAGCGACACUCUGUUUGAGCAGCAUCUGGAGGAGCAGGGGGCACAGUGCCACACCCCCAACAUGCCCUCGUCCUUCAACCACUGCCAGUCGGUGCUCAUUGCCUGGGCAAUUGGUGGCCAGGGUGAGAUGUACCCAGAGCAUGCGGGCUUCCCCAUUGGAGAGCAGCACGGCGGGGCCACCUACUUCAUGAUGGAGACACACUACGACAACCCAAACCUACGCCAAGGCGUGGUGGACUCAUCAGGGAUCAAGAUAUUCUACACGGAGAAGCUGCGCCAACACGAUGCAGGAAUCCUGAUGAUCGGCCACCAGGUCUCCUUCACACAUAUCAUCCCUCCACGCCAAGAGAGCUUCCUGACAGGGACCUUCUGUGACGGUUCAUGCACUGGCCAGACGCUGCCAGAGGAGGGUGUCAGAGUGUUCCAAGGCAUCCUGCACUCUCACCUGCUGGGCACCUCGCUGCUGGUGAGGCAGGUGCGUGCCGGCCAGGAGCUGCCCAUGUUGCUCAAGGACCUGAAAUAUGAUUUCAACUACCAGAGCACCAGGGUUUUUAAGGAGGAGGUGACACUGCUGCCCGGGGACACUCUCAUCACAGAAUGCUACUACAACUCCUCACAACGCACUAAGCCAACCUCAGGUGGACUGUCAACAAAGGAUGAGAUGUGUCUGGCCUUCUUCAGCUACUAUCCACGCACUAGCUUCUUCAGCUGUCUCUCAGAGCCCAAAUUUGAUGGCAUCAUUGCAGCAGUGGGAGUGACAGAUGUGGCACAUGACAGGAUGGGACAGAGAUUCAGAAAAAGAAAGAAGACAACCAUUGAGCAGCCUGAAGAGAACAUGACAGAGAGGAAGGAGAGAGACAUGACACAGGAGCUGAAGGAGACAAAAUUUUCAGAUUUUUACCACACCCUGAAGAUUACGGCACCAGAGGAGUACCAGAACCUGACCAUGCAUGACAUUCUGUACAAUGAGGCAACCUGGCAGGACCCAAUGGUGGCAGAUUCAUUCCAGAGGCUGGCAACAAGUGGCAUCCACAAUGUGAUCUGUUCUACAAAUGGCCAGAAUGCUGGAGUGGAGAUAAGCAAGCAGGUGCCUUACCCAAGCUACAAGUCCCGCAGACACAGGCCAGACCGCUGCUCCCAACUGGGAGAUAAAGGCUCAUCAAGUGGUUUAUGCCCACCUGCCUUCCCCUUCUGCAAGAAUACUAAGACAAGGGGCACCUUCUUCUAGACCUCUAUUACCCAUGACCUCCCCAAAAUGUACAGCCUUUCCUCCUUUCCCUACUGCACCUGUCACCUCUCCCUGUACUUCUAGACCUCCACUACCCAUUUCCUUCCCUGUCCACCAUGUACAGCCUUACUGCACCUCUUUCAUCCCUCCCUGUACUUCUAGACCUCCAUGACCCAUUUCCUUCCCUGUCCACCAUGUACAGCCUUUCCCCUUUCCCUACUGCACCUCUGUCACUCCUCUGUACUUCUAGACCCUCAAUACCUCUUCUCUAUUGCACCUUCAAUCUUUAUUUCUUGUACCAUUCCCUCAUUCCCAGCUUCUUUCACUCCCUGUUUCCUGCAUCUCCUUCUCCAUUCCCUGUACUGAUUAUUACUUUCCUGUUGUACCCACUUCCCUUUGUUCCUGUCACCACUACCUCCUUCCCUAGCCCCUGUAGCCCCCCUCAGCAGUCCUCAAUCAAUGUGCUCACACUCUCUCACUUCCUAGACUCGAUUCCCACACCCUUCAUGUCCUAUCUUUCCAUCAUCUCUUCAUGUCCUCUGUCCUCACUCCCUUCCCAAGCACCCUCUCAUCUCACUAUCUUGUAACUCUUAUGCUCUCUUAUGGAUUCCUUGACUCCUGUAUUCAAUUUAUCUAUGCUACAUCUUUGGCAACUCUCUGAAGUACAAUAAUUCUGCAAUGAAUUUUUCUUGUGUUCAUCAUAAAUAUGCAGCACUGUCAUUCAUUCAGAGAGAAAUAGGCAUUAUAUACUUAUGUAAUUAUAUAGUAACAAUACAAAUAUAUUAAACAAAAUAGAUUCAAAGUAAUAUGGACAUUAUGGAAAGACUAUGUAAAACCUCACUUCAUCAUUCAGAAAGAUAGUGGUGUCAUGUACUGAAGUAAUUAUAGAGUAACAAUAAAAAGCUGGACAAAUUCUUAAGGAGCAUUUUGGAAGGCCUAGAGACAACCUGCAGAUAACCAGAGCCUAGUGCUUCAGUACACCAGAAUGUUGACUAGGUACUGCAUCAGUGCAGUUUUCAUCUAUUGUCUUACAUUUUAUGAAAAGUUUUUAUUUUUGUUAUUGAAGUAAAGCCACAAACACAAUCCUGUCCACAAGUUUCCUGUAUGUAUUUGCACUUCAUCCAAAUGUUAAUCGGCUUCAAAAAAAUUUAUUUUCCUGCAUUUUUUUGAAUUAGUCUCAUUACAUAACAGCACAUUUAUGGUUUAUGAAAUCCCCAGGCAUAUAUAAAACUUUACCAAACCAUUCAAA